CUCUCCCUCCCCCACAGCGUAGCGGCGCGCGAGCGGGCCGGGCGGGCGGCCGAGUUUUUCAAGAAAUAACUUCACCAAGAUGUCCAGUGAUAGACAGAGGUCCGAUGAUGAGAGCCCCAGCACCAGCCAUGGUAGUUCAGAUGCGGACCAGCGAGACCCAGCCGCUCCAGAGCCUGAAGAACAAGAAGAAAGAAAACCUUCUGCCACCCAGCAGAAGAAAAACACCAAACUCUCUAGCAAAACCACUGCUAAGUUAUCCACUAGUGCUAAAAGAAUUCAGAAGGAGCUAGCUGAAAUAACUCUUGAUCCUCCUCCUAACUGCAGUGCUGGGCCUAAAGGAGAUAACAUUGAUGAAUGGAGAUCAACUAUACUUGGUCCACCAGGUUCUGUAUAUGAAGGUGGUGUGUUUUUUCUGGAUAUCACAUUUUCAUCCGAUUACCUAUUUAAGCCACCAAAGGUUACUUUCCGCACCAGGAUCUAUCACUGCAACAUCAACAGUCAGGGAGUCAUCUGUCUGGACAUCCUUAAAGACAACUGGAGUCCUGCUUUGACUAUUUCAAAGGUUUUGCUGUCGAUUUGUUCUCUUUUGACAGACUGCAAUCCUGCGGAUCCUCUGGUUGGAAGCAUAGCCACUCAGUAUUUGACCAACAGAGCAGAACAUGACAAGAUAGCCAGACAGUGGACCAAGAGAUACGCAACAUAAUUCACAUAAUUUGCAUGCAGUGUGAAGGAGCUGAAGGCAUCUUCUCACUGUGCUGCAAAUUUUUAUAGCCUUGACAAUACGGACUUCUGUGUAUAUGUCAUACUGAUUCUACUCUCUGCUUUUAUCCUUUGGAGACUGGGAGAGUCCCCAAAAAGGUAAAUGCUAUCAAGAGUAGAAGUUUGUAGCUGUAUAUUAGUUAUGUUUAAAAUGCCUACUUGCAAGUCUUGCUUCUUUGGGAUAUCAAAAUGUAUUUUGUGAUGUACUAAGGAUACUGGUCCUGAAGUCUACCAAAUAUUAUAGUGCAUUUUAGCCUAAUUCAUUAUCUGUAUGAAGUUAUAAAAGUAGCCGUAGAUGACUAGGAAUUAUGUCAUUUGUAUUAAACCCAGAUCUAUUUCUGAGUAUGUGGUUCAUGCUGUUGUGAAAAAUGUUUUACCUUUUACCUUUGUCAGUUUGUAAUGAGAGGAUUUCCUUUUACCCUUUGUAGCUCAGAGAGCACCUGAUGUAUCAUCUCAAACACAAUAAACAUGCUCCUGAA